AUGACUGGCACGUGGCAUGGUCUUGUCUGUAGUGAGGUCAUAAUAAAACGGCAAUUCAAUCACAUCCGUAUAGCAGCCAUUAUAAGAAGAGCUGUGUCACCCACAAAAAUGUAUUUCCUUAUUGGUUACACAGAGGAACUUCUAUCAACCUGGAUACAAUUCCCUGUAACAUUAGAACUACAAACUGUGGAUAGUUUUAAAGAUGUUGUGUUCAAAUAUAUU